UUCAUUUUUUUAGUCUCGAUUUUGUAAUCCUCAAAAUCAUAAUGUGAAAUGGAAUCACAAAGACUUCUGGAUCCUAGGACAACAAAUAACGAUAUUGAAAAUCAUAGUUCUGAAGAAGACGAGUGGAGUGAUGGUUCAAGCUAUAGCUCAUAUUAUUCUGACUCCGACAGUACUGUUCCUGACUGGGAACCAUAUGUGGAUGAUUUUUCUGGGGAAUUGUUAUAUAUAGAAUGUCAUCCUUUUGUCACACAGAAUAAUAAGGAAAGUAAGUUAAAAAAACAUGUAGAGCCGUUUUCAAAAAAUCAAAUGAGGCGUAGCACAAGAGGUAAAUUUUUACGACUUAUUAGAAGAAAGGAAAGUAAAAGAAAAAGCAAGAAAGGGCACAAACAUGUAGAUCUAGAAUCCACCACAUCAAAAGUCAAAUUUCAGGAUUUCCAAGAAGGAGAGGAGAAGGAGGUUAUGCUUGACAUAGAUGUUGAGAACCGUCACAAUUUAAGCGGUGAUAAAUCUUUAGCUGAAUCUUUGUUAGGUCUUAUUGUUAGUACGUUAUCUGAUGGCAACAGGGUGAUGAUUGCAGGAUUUUCAUAUGAUAGUAAGGCAAAACAUGAAAGAAAUAUUAAAAUUGGAGAUUGGUUGAAAAGUAUCAACAACAUAGAGGUUAAUGUUCAAAAUUUAGAUGAUAUUUUACAAAAAUUUAUUAACCGUGAUGAUGUGCUCUUGAAAUUACAAAGAGUCGCUGGUAUAGAAGUGACGAAAGAGCCACCUAUAAAUGAACUCAACAAUGAGUCAAAUUUUGUUAGAGAAUUGUUAAAUUUUAAAUCUGACGAUGACCAGCUGUUAAUGCAAACUUUAUGUAAGCAUCCCUUAGGAAUUGUUUAUAUAGACACAGAGAAAUUAAACGAAAACAACCAAGAAAACGAAGAUGUUAUCUAUUGUUUUCCGAGACCAUUUAAGAAAAAUAUUUUGUGUAAUUCACGGGGUAUGUAUAUCACUCUGAAUCACUUAUUAAAUGAUAUAACACAGACAGCUCCCAAUACCUCGACAAUUAAGUAUAAGGAUUGUUUAGCACACGUGGUUUAUACUCCAUUUGAGAAAAAUUUACUAUUGUUUAUGUUACCGGACAACAGAGCAUCCUUACAAGAGAUAUUAUCAAUUAAUAACGAAUUAAUUAGAUUACUUCAGUUUUCCUAUGAAACUGUUCAUUUGUGUUUCACUAAUGAGCAAUAUUUCACCCAAGUUGACCACUUCUUCUCUCGAUUCUUUGCAAGAGUUUUAAGCAGUGGGCUGUGGGCAACUGCUCAACAGUUUGUCGAGCUGGAGAAUUUAUCCACAAAGUCAUUAGAGGUAAGCCCUUGUCAAUUCGAGAGUAAUUUUUCAUUAGCGGCAACUUUGAAUCUUCCCGAUGAAGCUCAAAUGCAAAUUGACGAUGCUCUUGCUGAAUUAGAAGCAAGCGACUAUCGAGAAUGGAACGAAGAACCUUUAGAUUGCCAACGUCUAUUCACCAUUCUUGGAAGCGCACUUUAUCAUUCUGGAUACUUGCUUGCCACCCAUUUCAUUCACGAAGACUUGAUUGACAUCCACUGCUUCUGCAAACAACACGGCUUGUUUCAUCUGUCUCGAACUGAGCCUGUGAAGUCUCUUGUGCUGUGGAGAGAAGUGUUUCCAUAUUCUUGCAAUAGAAUACAAAGCCCUAAGGUUAAAGUGCCGGAAGGGCGCAGAUAUUUGUUGGUAGUAGGCAGCGCCAAGGACCUACUGGCAGUAAUAAUGGAAGCAGGUGGUUGUACCGAGCCAUCCGAAGACAAUAUGGGCCCAGAUGCUUUUUACGUAGAAGAAGCUCAGGCGACUUUGGCGCAUAUUCAGGAAUUGGGUUUGAGUGAAUUGGCUGACCGAUUCCUAUCCAUGAAUCCGGGUUCCCAAAUUUCUGUGCCCAUUCCUCAAGGAAACAAGAAACGUGGCGAUUUUAUCAACCUAAAUUUUUCUAAAAAUUCAGAUGGCGCAAAGGAUUCUGUGGGUUCUCCGAAAAAGAACGAAGUGACGUCCAUCUUGAAGAGACGCAGUUCAGACCAAAACUUUGUUAUGCAGUACAGUUCUAUGACUUCUCUACACGACGAUUCCUAUGAUAGACAGUCCGAAGAGUCGGGAAGUCAGGGAGGCUACAGCGAGAGGAGCGAAGUCAGCGACGAUUCCCGGAGAAAUUUCCGGAGGGGAGUAAAAUUCGAUUCCAACGAUGAGGAUUCAGAAACGGAUGAAUUUGGGGAAGGAAGUCAGAUGAGUGUUGGCAGCUUCGAUAUAUCUGAAAUUCGGCAAAAUCUCCUCUGCGAUACGGAAGACUGUAGACCGAUGCAGCUGACGGCGGGUAACGACAACGUCUUGUACCAUUUCGUGCAGCUCGACACAACCGAAGGCAUCCUGCUGUGCCCUCCCGAGUCGAAAUUGCAGACACAGACCUACGAGUUGAUUUUGAACAACUUCAGGAGGUGUUGCCAGCAGAUUCACACAUUGUUUCAGAACACCUUGCGGUUCAAGAACAUGCCCGCCCAGGAUAUGGCCAAGUCCGUAAUGAAUAAAAGUCUAAUUGCCAUUAAAGAGCACGGGAUCAUUUUUGAAUGCCCAUAUCUGGAUGAUAAGGAGACUAAAAAGUAUAAAGUCAGUUACUGGGUUGUCGGGCGAUUAUUUUAUGUUCCACAUCCUAGAGAGAUGUACGUCUGUUAUCAAGACUCUAUUCCGCAGAAUCUGAUUGAAAUAGCCUUUAAAAUGAAUAUGGGCAGUAUGAGUUAAGUUAUCUACGAAAUACAGGGUGUCCCACUUUCUAGGCGUUUAGGCAUAAGGUAGCAAGUAAAAAGAAAAGUUGAAAUUCCAAGCCUGCUGAGUUUUAGGUGCUAAUUUGGGAAAAAUUGUAAUAACAAUUUUUUUAGUAAAGGUUAAUUUUGCUAAAAAAGGGUAAAUUGUCCGUAUGGAAGUGUAAAACCACCUUUUUUGACAUUAAUUUUGAAAAAUCAAAUGAGUACACAACAUAUUCCCCACUUUGAAUCAUGCGAGUUUCCCGGUUUUUUUCUCUAUGGAUUCUUCAAUGUAUUGUUCUGCAACAGAAGAACUUUUCCAUUCCCCAUGUCUUUUAAGCAGCGAAAGAUCGACUUCGGCAUCCGCCAGUAAAGUGGCGACGUUCUUCAAAAAAGAUUCCCUGUACAUUUAUCGGCAUCGGGCAAUAUCAGAAAUGUUAUUUUUUUGGGGAAGUCUCGGAUUGUGAUGCUGUGUAUCCUUGGCUCGCAAUGCUAAAUACUUUCUAUACAAGGUAUUACAAAUCAAGCAGUUAACCGCAUAUUCUUUGGACUGAAAUAAUGGAACUUUUCUCAUGCCACUUUUCAAUUAGAAGCCCCAUUUUCAAAAUACAGGGUGUCAAAAUGAAAAUUAAAAAAUGAUGUUUACUGAUAACUCCGGUGAUUGUAGAGAUGUUUAUUUGAAAUUUAGCGCAUAUUUUGAUCUUAGGUUGGCACACUUUUUGUGUAAUUUUGGUUAAAAAUAUCAAAGUAUGAACGGUAGGGGGGGGGCUUGCAGUAUUCAUGGACCCCCUAUUUUUUUUUUUGAGUACGCCUAUGCUUUCCGAAUAUUUUUUUUGAUAAAGCGGCAUUUUAUUCGGAGCCUCAUUUACGAGAUAUUGUAACUUUUUUGGAUACACGGCAUCAAUUUAGUGGACGUUAGACUUUAAUUUUUGGGAUUUUAUGAAAAAUAUCUUUUAUAUGGUACCAAUACUAACUAAAGAGCAGUUAAAGAAUUGAAUUGUAGGAGCUAAACAACACUUUACGGUGAAACCACAUAUUUUGGUUUGAGGCUUGCUGUACGAGAUAUAGCAGUUUUUUAGAUAUACAGGGUGUCUCAUAAUUAGUGUUCAAUAAUUUACCACUUGAUUCUAUUGCCAAAAAUUAAAAUAUUUUUUCAUGUAAACAUGCGUCGAGAAGCUACGCCUCCCUAAAUGGAGCCUCAAAAAAAUUCAUUUUUCUUUUUAAUAUUUCCGAAAUGGGUUGAAGGAAAAU